AUGUCUCGUAGUUUGCUUGAGAAGGUUGUAAGACUCUGCGAAACCCGUGGAUUUUCAAUGGAAUCCUGCGUUGAAAGACCACUUGGAACAACGUACACUUACCAAUUUGGACCUCUCGGCACAGAGCUGAGGCGUAACUUGAGAAACGCUUGGUGGUGUGAUGUGGUGCAGUCAAAAGCAAACAUUUAUGGCUUUGAAACGACUGGAGAAAUUAUCCAUACACUCAAUGGUCAAAAUGGAUCGUCUGCCCGUAGUUACGUGGGUAAUGGACACGACAAAGGGAACGUGAUCAGUGAUCUUGGGAAAACUGAGAAGCCUACAAUUUCAACCGAGUGGACUUCAGAGAGUACCAACAUUCUUACCUCAUUGGUAAGGUUCAUUCCUGGGAUCCAAAAACCUUUUGGGAUUGCGAGAAACAGAAAUUACUUUGGGAAGCCAGAAAAGGAUAAAUAUAUUUUUAGGUAUGCCAUCUACUAGACAAGUGAAGCUAAGACUGUAAGUGGAUGAGUAAUAAUUAUAGCACAAUGCUUCGUCCUAUAUGUUGCAGUUAAUUUUUUAUUUCAGGUAAUUUUUGUUUUUCCUUUGUUUCAAAUUUAUUAGCAUACAUUACCAUACCUAAAAACAAUGGAAAAACAAAAAUUACCUGAAAUAAAAAAUUAACUGCAACAUGUACAUGUAAACCCUGAGCUGGACCGUUCAUAAGGCCAGGAACUGGGGAUUUCCUGGGCUACUAUGAGCAUAAACCCUGGCUAUUUUUAUCGGAAACAAAAGCAAAAUAUUCCCCACCUACAAUGUACUUAAGAGUGGAUUUCCACUAUCGCACAAUUUUUAUGUGCAUACAUGCAUAAAAUAUGCACAUACUUAUUAAAUGACGAUGGAAAUCCGCUUUAGGGCAUAUACCCAGAAACUUGAACUUUCCUGAUUUUCUCUGCUUCGUUGUUAUUAAUGUGUUUACAAGUUCUAAUUCUCAAUACAAUCUUAUUUUGUAUGGGUUGUUGAUGUUUGAGGUAUGUUAGCUAAAGGAGAGAUUUAGAGUCGUGCAUUUGACAAAUGUCAGAUACAAGUUGAGGAUUUCCCAGAAUAGAAAAUGAGCAGAUAAAAACAGUCCAAAGCAAUAAAUUCUUCUGGAUAAAACUAACGUGAAACUACCAAUUUUUUUGUAGAAGUAAUUAACAAUAAAAGACAAGUAAAGGGGAAACUUGGUCACGUGGUACAAAUUGUUAUUUGCUGUUUGCUGCAAACGUGACUCUAAACUGUCUGACAGCAAGUGAGAGAGAGGAACUGCAGAUCACGUGAACAUUAAUGUUGUACAUGUAUCUUGGGCCAACUUGAUCAGCCCUGGCUGUUGACUGAAUAAAAGUCAAGAACUCCAGACUGAUCUGUUAUGUUUUUCAUGUAAUGAAUGAUGCAAAGUAAGGCAUCAGAUUUCUAAGACUAGACAUGUUAAAUACAACCAGUUCUGUGACCAGUGCAGGGGCAACCAAGGCAGUUUUCUCUCUCGUUUUGAAGUUUCUUUGUGUGUACCUUGUUAACAAAUAAUAGGCCCUUUGAAGCUAGUUAUUCACGUGGUACUAAACUGCAAUGCUAGAGAGCAGGAGAUGCUCUGGAACAAGACAAGCAAGGGACAGUUUUAAUUGAUGUAAGCCUUUUUUUUGUCUUGUCUCAGGACAUCCCUUGCUCUCCAGUAUGGCAGUUUUAUACCACAUGAAUGAGUAGCUGAGAAGCACCUAUUAUCACUCUCUCAGUGAGAAUUUCCAUCUGGUUACAGUACUGGCAAAUGUUUUUUCACCACUACUGAUAGCAUGGUCUUGAUAAGUGUCAUUGAGAGACUUUGAAUUUUAUCAAGCUGUCUUGUUGGUGCUAAUGAAAAUUUGGGAGAGAGUUGAGCAAGGAAAACUGUUUUAAACCAAUCAGUUUGUCUUGAAAUCUUUUUUUCUAUAAAUGAGGUGGACAUGAAUUGAGAUAACUGAAAUGAAUCAUUUUUUGAACUGUGGAUGAAAAGAUGAAAGUGAACAUGAUCUUCACAGUAGAAUGAACAACCUGCAGUGUUCAUGGUUGAAAAAGAACCUAAAAUAAUUUCAGGAACUCACAGAGCAUAUUAAAAUUAGGUAACCUGUAAAUUUACAGCGGUAUAUCUCAAAAGAAGCAAUUGUAACAACCGUAAAAAAUUUGAAGGAUUUGUAUGAGAAAAGGAACUCUUGACAUCCAGCCAUGGUUGAGUGGUUUUCCAUACAAGUCCUUUUAAACUUAGUUUUAGGCUUAAGUAUAAAAAGGUUCAAAUUGUCUGUUAUCAAAACAGGCUUGGGAUUGAACCCUGACCUUUGCGAUGACCGGACGCAACGCUGACUAUCCAUUGAGCUAAUCAAGCUAACUGGAGAGCAGGCCAUUGCAGUCAUCGCAUAGGUCAUCCUCUUCUCUUAAAGGCUUCAAAUUUAAAGUUUGUCCCCUCACAUUGAUAUCUUUCUCAAUGUAGAUCUUGUGUAAUGGAGGAAAUGUUUCUUCAGUUCAUUUGUUCUGAAAAUAGAGUAAAUGAUUGGAUAAAUCAUUGGAAAAGACAGAGGCUUGUUUGGUGGAGAAGAUUUGCCAACACUCGCUCAAAUUACAGUCUGUAUGAAGAACAGGUAGAUCUUGAACCUGGUUUGACCAGUCAAACUUCUGUACAGGUGAGGUUACCAAGUACAAACUAGGGAGGGACACUUAAAUGAACAGUACCCAUGCCUUCUGCCUUCUGUCUUGGCAAGUAACACCCUCCUCCAUAAUUCUUCAUAUCAUAUCAAAGCUGAAUCUAAUGAUUGCUUAUCAUUUUACAGUCUUUCUUAUAUAGGGAUUCUGUUGUGCUGAGCCUAACAAAGUUUUUGCAGGUCUUUACAAUACUAAUACCAAUUCAUUAUUUAUAUAGUGCAUUAUACAUGGCUCUAAAGUGCUUCACAAGAAAUAUCAAAGCUAUAAAAAGUAAAGGAAAAUAAAUAUAAAAUUUGAUAAAAAUCAAAGAUCUUAAAAGAUCUGAACAGAGAAUAUUGACAGUAAAAAUUACCCAAUAAUGAUUACUCUACUAUUGCCACCUGAAAAAUGGUUUUUUACUACUUCUUUUGACAUUUUCUUUAAGUUCUGAAGACUUUCAAUUGAAGAGUGAAUUACAUUAACUGCCAAUUUGGUAGCCAGCUCCAGCUGUUACUGUCACACCUCUCCUAAGUAGUUGUUGUUGUUGUUUUGUUUGUUUUUACCAUGUGGUGUAACACAUUUGGUUGUUACAGACUCUCUUAAAUUUUUCUCAUAGAGUUGGUGGUCCUGUGGUCACUCACUAGAGGGGGGUUUACCUGAAACAAGGGUUUCAUUGUACCAAUAAUUAUUAUUUCUUUGUUUUCAUAUCUUUUUGGUUGUUGUAAAUCUUGUACUAAUGAUACUGAUGAUGAUGAUGUCCAGGAGCUCCUCUGUAUAUAAGCUUUUGUUAUCAUCAUCAUCUAGUAGUAGUUAUCAGUAGUAAUAGUAGUACGAAGCUCCAGUAACGCAAUUUUUACGAGAGUAGAGAAAGGUCAUACGUAAAGGUACCCCUGUUCUUUGUCAACUAAGGUACUAACAAUAUAGACUAGAAGAUCAACACAUGGACACCAAGCAAUGCAGUGAACUUCCCUUUAGUGAAGAAUCAAAGUUACAUGCCAUCCAGAUCAAAACUGACCUUAAUAAAGGUAUUAGAAAAUGUCCUGGCCAACUCACCAGGCACCAGUUGUUCAAAAACGGGAUAGCACUAUCCACUGAAUAUAAAAAUUAUCACUAUCCAGUCGACAAAGCAUUUGGUUUUCGUACUCCUCCGCUGGAUAGCGAUUUAUCCCAUUGAUAGCACUAUCCAACUUUUGAACAACCGGGGCCAGGCCUUAAGACAGUGUAAAAUUGGAUAGAGUAAACUGCUGCUUAUAAGCCCUGAGCUUAUACAUCUUCAUAAGGUGUUUUAGGAAGGCUUGCAAACAGAGGGGCUUAUAUCUGAGGGGGUCUAUAUUAGAAAAAGAGCACUUCAAAACAAGCUAUAGCAGUGCUGAUCAAAAUACGUUUUGCAGUUACUGGUUAUUUGAACUUCAAAGCUCCAUUAAUGAAUCAAUUUUAUUUCAAUGCAAGCUAGAUGGUGGGGAGGGGGAGGGGACUUAUAUUAGGGCCGGGGGGCUUAAAAUGGCUUGAUGUAUUCUUUUGUUGACAGGUCGAUGACCUUAUAGGUGGGAGGAGGGGGGCUUAUAAGUGAAACUUUAAGACAGAAUCCAAUGGGAAAUUGAGUAAGUUUAAUUUUCAGUGGACAAAAAAGUUGUACCACAAUAAUUUAAACAAUAUCUCGUUCUUUUUUUACACUUUUCAAGGGCUAUGGGUAUAACUAGUUAUCUGUAAUAACACCAAAGACAAUUUCUCAUGAUAGCCUGAGAAGAUAAAUGUCAUAUUUCACACAAAAUGUGAAAACACAGAUAAAAUUCUGAAAAUUACAUGUGUAAGAUGUCAUUUUGUGAAAUUUGAAAUUUGUUUUCGCGUGCGCUCAUAAGAAAUUUUCUUUGGUGUUAUUACAGAUUACUAAUUACGUCUAUAGCCCUUGAAAAAUGGGAAAAAGAAUGCAAUAUGAUCAAAAUUAUUCUGGUUCAAGAUUUUUUGUCCACUGAAUUUUAGAAUUACUCAAUUUACUAAUGGAUUCUGUCUUAAGUGGCUGAAUUACGUUUUCUACAAUAUCUAUAUUCAAUCCUAUUGUAUUUUACAGUGUAAUAUAUGUAUGUAGGUCAGACAGUUUGUCAAUGUUAGGCUAACAAGUCAAGUUUACAAAAAACCAAAAGUGCCCAUGGGCUCCUAAUUCAUUUUUUAUCUUUUUUAGGUUUGCUAAUCCUUGCCUUCUUUUCUAUUUGAUGUGUUAUAUAUACCGUCCCUUUUAAUGUUUUGAGCUUUAAUAUUUUUGAUCAUUUUAAGGUCUUUUAACGGUACUUAAUUUUGAUGAAUUUUCAGCUCCUUAAAGGCUAUCUUCACACUACACUGGAUGGUUUUCGUGUAGACACGAAGCUAUCAAAGCUAUCGUAUAUAGUAUGAACAGCAACGGGCCUUGGCGUCACAAAGUCGUUCACCUAUUAGCCUCCUGCGCAGGCAACUCAUAUUGUAACGGUUACACUGACCGUCACUUUCUGUUCUCUCCCCAUUCUCCAACUUGUUCUCUACAAGAGCACAGUGAAGCUAGACUGCAAAACAGUCCGUAUUUUUGCGCAUUCAAGUACGCGCGAGCAGUCAAACAAAAGGUCUGGACUUGCGCGCUUCGCGGGCUUAAGACUUUUACGUCACGCUUUACCGAUUUCUUCACUGGUUUUGAGAAAAAACCCGACUGUUUUGAAGUCUAUGGUGAAGCCUGCGGAGGAGGCUAAUCCGGCGUGGUGUUCGUGCCGGCGCAAGAGGUAUACUGUAGGAUGUGAACAUAGGCUAAAGGUACAGCUGUUUUGCAGUAUGUGUGUGUUUGAAAUUGCUUUUUUAACAUGCACCCUCUGCUCUUGCUAAAGGAUUUCUUUCGUUUUUGAUGGAUGCAUACCUGGAAAAGGAGCGUUCAAACGAGAGUGGCAAUGUAGGCGUGUACACAGUGCUUCAUCUGCACCCACGUCUGGCUCCUAUUAAGGUGGCUGUUGUUUGUCAAACACCGCAACAAAAGGAGCAUUGUGAUGUGGCACUACAGCUGUCAUCAGAACUUCGAGAAGCAGGUAAGUGAAAGAGCUAGUGAAAGAGAUAUUGGCGAUUUUCAAUAUUAUCGCGAGACUUGUGUUACAGUGUAUGUAGCAUAGCACUAUACAGUUCCAGUUUCAGACCUUGAGAUAAGGAGGGGUUCCGGUCAUCUAGACCCUUAGAUAAGGAGGGGGCCCGGUCGUCCAGACCCUGAGAUGCGCUUUGUGGAGACCGUGAACAAAAGACAACGACUUUCUUUUUCUUUUUCUUUACUUCGACACAUUCCUUUAGAAUUCAACUUCAGAAAAAUUUGCCAUCAUUUGACGAAUUGGACGAGAUGGAAUAAGCGCGAUAAAGUUUGAAGUAACGCGAAUGUGCUUUUUAAGUGACGUUAUCACACCGGCCGUCGUUUUCCUUUUUCUUAAACUCCCUAUUUACGAAUGAUAAGUGCGUAAAUAUCGUACAAAACACUUUCCAUGUGGUAUUGUUUUUGUUUUUAUUAUAUACAUACUGAUACAUUCAUCAUUCUGCCAUUCAUUUCAGAUCUUUCUCAAACAAAUUUUUUUACGGUCUUUUGAACCUCAGUUUGGUCUAAAAAUAAGGGGGGCGGAACCCCCAGGCCCCUCCCCUGGAUCGGCCACUAGUCCAUCUUGCCCGCUCGAGUAGCCAAUCAAAAAACAAGAUUGGCUCAUUUGGCACGCUUAGCCUUCAGAGCAGGCGCGAUUUAUUGGCGUUUUUCAGGCGAGCGAAGCACGAAACAGGCGUAGAGCUCGAGACACGCGCGGUGGGGGAAGGCGCAGAAAAAAGGACGCCUGUCCACACCCCACUGUUUGUUCCAUUCAAUUUUAUCUUUUCUGCGCCUUCCGCCAUCGCGCGUGUCUCGCGCUCCUCGCUCGCUUUGCGCUUUCCUUCGCUCGCUUUCGAAACCAGCCUUUUAAAAAAAGGGUGACAAAAUGAAGGAUGUUAUUCAUCCUGUUGAAUGUCUAUUCUCCUUUCAAUUGAUAUUUUCAGGUAUCACCACACAUUGCCUAUUGCAAGGUAGUACAAAUGAGUGCUACGCUUACCAUGACGAAAUUGGGACCCCAUACUGUGUUACAAUCAUUGAUUCAACACUGAGCAAUGGAAUAGUCAUGUUUAGAAGCAGGAACACUACUCUGCAGGAAUUUAUGCAUGUCUCCGACGUUGUUAGCACCGUCAGAAAGCACCUUGGAUUGAGUCCGUAA